UCAACGACCAAAUACUGAUUACACGACGGACGGCCCUGUGAUAACGAUCAGUAGGUAAGCGCGCUUGUGUGUGUGUGGUGUGUCGGAAGGCACAGUCGGCCGUCGUGCGCGCUCGGAACUUAUUUAUUAUUAUCAUCACCGUCGUUUAUCAUAAUAAUAAUAUAUAAUAAUAACAAUAAAAUAUAUUGUUAUAACAUUUUACAUCAUAAUAAUAUCGUUAUUAUAUACAAGUACACGACAACUACCAGUGACGUACUGAUGUCCGGACCGUCCAGUUAGUCCAGUUUCCUGUACGCCGCGAAACGACAACAAACGUCCUCCCCGGACCUGCGUCUAGCUACUACACUACUACAGGUAGGUAGUGCGACCGAAUCCGGAGACGUUUUACGUUUUAAUUUACGUGAAAUUUUUGCCUUUCCGACCGGCUUUAGAGUAGCUAAUUCGGGUACGCGUUCUGUAGUCUUUCGCGGUUUUCAGUAGGUAGUGAACGAAUACGUAACUCCGCGACGCAUCGGUACGAGACCUUAUAAAAAUAUUGUUAAAUUAUUUUCUUCAGGAUCGCAUAUCGUCGCCUUUCAAUUUUCCCCAGUAAGAAAAGCGUCCGCCCGUCCGGAGCCUAACAUAACUACGAGAUUUGACUGCUGAAACGGACCAAAUAAAAACGAGUGCAGCAGCAGAACACCUGCCGUCUCAGAGUUUUCCUUUUAUCCACAACAUCGUUUGACGCAGUGCCCCCACCCCCAACUACUCUACUACAGCCAUUCCAUUACAAAACAUCCCCCGUUCAGGGAUAUCGCUUUCAAUCAACAGCACUGUAGAAUGAAUAUCAGUUAUCUAUGGCAAAGAUGAGGUAUGCAGAUAUGCCCAGAGAUGUUUCUAUUGACAAUUUCCCUUCGCUCAACGUGUCUGAGAAAGUAAAGUCAAAGGCAUACGAUGAUGAUGAUAAAUUAGAACAUUUAGUUUCCAACACAGAGUAUAGAAAAUUAACCACAUACAACUCUUUGAAAAAACACCCAUCAAAUCUAUCAACUCCGUCGUGUGAACAAAGGCAUAGAAGACGUCUUUCAGAAACAUUAACAUGUGGCUUGGCAAGACAAUGUAAAACUCACAGUCUACCUUGUAAUAUGACAUUAAAACAUCCUUAUAGUGUUUCACCAGUCGAUGAAAAAGAUGUUGAUAAGACUAAGGGUGUUUUGUCUCCUGGUAUACUUCCGGAAGAUUGGGCUGCCCAACUCACAUUAUUAGAUUUAAAUAUAUUUAGUCAAAUAUCCCCAGAAGAAUUGUCUUCGUGUUCUUGGAAUAAAUAUAAUGUUUUGGAUCAAAUUUUAAACAUGAUAAAUUUUAAGGUAUCAUUUUGGGUUGUUCAAGAAAUAUUGAAAGGCACCACUCCAAAACUGCGUGCUGAUCUGAUCACUCAGUUUAUAAAGAUCUCCAAAAAAAUGUAUGACCUUAAUAAUUUCCAUUCAUUAUUUGCUGUUAUUUCCUCCCUUCAAAGUGCUUCAGUUUAUAGACUGUCUAAAUCAUGGAACAAUGUGUCGAAGAAAGAUCGGCAAUCAUUCGAUAAACUAGCCAAUGUUUUCUCGGAAUGUAAUAACUGGAGGAAUCUUCGGGAUCACCUAGAAACCUUACGUUUACCAUGCAUACCUUAUUUAGGUGUAUUUUUGACUGAUUUGGUAUAUGUUGAUAUGGCACAUCCUCAUAAAAGUAGCGGCUUAUUAGAAUCAGAAGCAAGGCGCCUGAAAAUGAAUAAUAUUCUAAGAGUAAUAUCACAUAUGCAGCAGAGCCGUUAUGAUCAUCUGAUACGGUUUUCUAGGAUAAAUGAUUAUUUGAACUCUAUUAGAUAUAUUGAAGAACUGCAUAAGUUUGUUCAAGACGAUCAAUAUAAAUUAUCAUUAAAGUUAGAACCUUUAUCCUGCCAAACAGAAAACUCUAGAGGUUCUAAAGAAUCCGUCAAUCAAGUGUUGUUAGAUUCAUUGAGUUUAUCACCAGCAAAAUCAACUGAUUUAAUGCGAAUAAGAAAAUUUUCUUUAUGUAAGCAACAACAACAAAAAACAAAUUGUUCAAAAUAUCGCAGUGCAAGUCUACCACGUAGUUUUCUUAAAAAACCUGUGAAUCAAUCUGCAGUGUGUAAUAAUAAUAGUUUGAUCCAUAAAUCUGAUGAAGGAAUAUUGUCAACUGUAAACUCGAGAAAUUUACUAGAUGAUUCGCUCAUAGAAGAGAAUACAUUAGAUCUGUCUAAUUUAAACCUAUCGCCCUCUCAAACAUUGAAAGGAGCCCAUAAAAUAAGUUUAGAAAGUUGUUUAAGGCGUAAAGUGGUUUUGAAAAAUGGACGAAAACCAGCUGUGACAACUUGGCAACGUUAUUGGAUACAACUAUGGGCAUCGGUAUUAAUUUAUUACUCACCCAAGUCGUUUAAAGGUUGUAACAGAAAUGACUUUAAACGAGAGCCUUGCAAACUGUGUCCGUUAAAAGGAUGUACUAUUAGUCUUGGUGAUAAUCCAGAUACAUUUUUAAUCAAGCAUCCCGAUCAAAGAAAUACAUAUAAGUUUCGAGCUGAGAGUGACAAUACAGCGUUACAAUGGUACAGACGAUUGUACCAUGCAGCACAGUCAGUACACCAACCUGACACUAAAUUACCCGAUAACCUUAUAAGUUUCGACUGAUUAGUUUUAACAUUUCAUUUUACUUUGAUUGCAGUUGGUUCUUGUGAAAAAUUAAUUAUUAUCUUUAAUCCAAUAAUAUAAUAUAAUAAUAUAAUUCAAUUAUGAAUAUUUAUAACUCAAUUGUAUUAUAAAUGUUUUGUUCGCAUAAGCACCUGCUACUUGUUCUCCCACUAGAUUACAGUCUUUGUGUUAGUGGACACUAAUCAGACAACAUAUCUCUGCAUCUUAAAAUUAUUAAGUUUGCUCUGACUAAUGUUAUUAUAGUCCGGGCAACGAAAACUGGCCGGUGACCAUCGCGACUAGCAGCCAUUUCCUGGCGGGCGGGUUAGUCGGGUAAGACAGGCGGGAUGGCAGACGGGCGGGCAGGUCACGGGGGUCACCGGCCAGUUGUCAUUGCCCGGACUAUAGUUUAUUGAUUGUUUGAAAGUAUUUUAUUUUUUACUCUGGCUGUUGUUUAUAUAAUUAUAUGUAUUUAGUUAUGGAUAUUCUUAUCUACAAAACACUUAACUUAAAUUGUAAAAAUGCACACAUAAAUAGUCCCUAAAAUAAAAUAAAAAUGGCCAAAGCCUGAGUUCCUUACACUAAAA